ACUCCAUUGGAUGCAGUCAUGGAGAAUGCUAAGGAGCCACUUAUAUCCCCAGUAGGAGAAGAUUGCCAAAGCCAAGAGCAGGUCAAUGGUCCCGUUACCACCACCAUCUCCGCCGCUUUCACCCUAGGUACUAAGGACAUCGCUCCAAUCACCAGUGUCCGAGCCUUCUUUAGAGAAUUCUUGACCGAAUCAAAGAAACUAUGGUACCUUGCCGGCCCUGCUAUCUUCGCCUCCAUCUGCAAAUACUCUCUCGGUGCCAUCACUCAAAUCUUCGCUGGUCACGUCAGCACCCUUGCCCUCGCCGCCUUCUCCAUCGAAAACUCUGUCAUCGCUGGCUUCUCCUUCGGAAUCAUGCUCGGAAUGGGAAGCGCGCUCGAAACUUUAUGCGGGCAAGCGUUCGGAGCAGGGCAGAUCGAUAUGCUAGGGAUAUACAUGCAGAGAUCGUGGAUCAUUCUCAACGCCACCGCUAUAAUCCUCUGCUUCUUAUACAUAUUCGCGGCGCAGAUUCUAAAGCUGAUCGGCCAGACGGCAGAAAUCUCGAAGACUGCCGGUAUGUUCGCGAUAUGGAUGAUUCCGCAACUCUUCGCUUACGCCCUGAAUUUUCCAAUGGCGAAGUUCUUGCAAUCGCAGAGCAAGAUCAUGAUCAUUGCAGUAAUAUCGGCUGUGGUGAUGGUUUUUCACGCUUUUUUCAGCUGGUUGUUGAUGCUGAAGCUGGGAUGGGGUCUGGUCGGCGCGGCGGUGGUUUUAAACAUAUCAUGGAUAGUGAUCGACGUAGCACAGUUCGUGUAUAUCGUGAGCGGAGGUUUCAGAGAAUCAUGGACAGGGUUUUCAUGGAAGGCAUUUCAGAAUCUGUGGGCAUUCAUGAGAUUAUCCCUUGCAUCGGCGGUGAUGCUCUGGCAAGUGAUAAGUUAUAUGCAUACGAACAAGAGAAAAAUCAUCAUCAAAGUGUACAGUCUAAUCACUCGAAGUUGUAACAUAGUGGGAUGGAGCGUCAUGGCAGCUCUUGGAAUGAAUAUAGCCGUGAGUGUUAGAGUGUCAAAUGAACUGGGAGCAGGGCAUCCAAGAACAGCAAAAUUUUCACUGGUGGUGGCGGUAAUAACUUCCUUCACGAUUGGGGUCUUGAUCGCAAUCAUCCUGAUAAUCUUUAGGGACAAGUAUCCAGCCUUGUUUUCGAGUGACACAGAAGUUCAAGCAGUUGUCAAGGAGCUUACACCAUUGUUGGCAUUCUGCAUAGCCAUGAACACUAUUCAACCUGUACUCUCGGGGGUGGCUAUUGGAGCUGGAUGGCAAGCUGUUGUUGCCUAUGUGAACAUUGCCUGUUAUUAUAUAUUUGGGGUUCCUCUAGGUCUUAUUCUAGGCUUCAAGCUUGACCUGGGUGUUAAGGGAAUUUGGUGGGGAAUGAUAGCUGGGACAGUCUUACAAACUUGUGUACUUUCUGGGAUGAUUUAUACAACGAAUUGGAAAAAAGAGGCAUCAAAAGCUGAAGAGAGGAUAAGGAACUGGGGAGGAGACAAAGAGGCCACCCAGAACAAUGUAGAACAGUAAGGCCUACCAGGGAAAGGAAAGAAUUUGCAUCAAUUAAUAAUGCAAAUAUUUAUGAGCACUCAUUUGACAACAGUUGCUCCAAAUUUAAGGAAUUCAAGCUUAAAGAUGGGCCAUCUCCUAAUUUUUUAGAUAAAAAACACAUUUCUACAUUUUCCAUUGUAUUGCUUAUAAGCUGAGACUCAUCUUAGUUAAAAAUUUUGUUUGUA